CUCUAAAUGGUCAUGAUGCCGCACGAGCAGAAGAGGAUCCCGUCAAAGCAGACUUCAGCUGCAGCAUCAAGCAUCAAGAACAAGAUGCUCAACACCUCCUCAUUCUUCAAGGUGUCGCUAAAGAACAACAACAAGGCGUUAGCGCUGGCCUUAGCGGCAGAGAAGGAGAGGAGGAGGCAGCUGGAGAUGGAGACGGUGUUCCUGCAGAAGCAAGUAGAAGCUGUGUGCUUUCAGCUGGCUGCCACCAGAUACAAGCAGCACAAAAUGCUUUUCAUCUUGAAGAGUCUUCGUCAGGACGCUCUCCAUCACUUCGACAUGAUGGCUGAACUCUUCUCUUCAGAAAACGAUGUAAGCGAGGACAACACCAGCUUUUCCACCCGCACCGACACUGCCUGUCUGCAGAGCCGUGGAGCAGCUGUGCCCAGCCCUGUUCCUGGAGGGCCUGUGCCCUGCAUGUUUCCUCACGCUCCCUGUUUGGUAGAUGUGGAAAACAUGCAGGGCAGGGGCCCGCCGGGAACAGGGCCGGGCACAGCUGGCACAGCUGAUGGUAAAAAGCAUUCCCUGCAGGACGUGCAGACUGUCCCAACAGAGACGUCCCGUCCAACCGUCAGCCUGAGAGGUGAAGUGGAAAAGCAUUCUCUGGCUGUCUUUCAGGCUGGAUUUGAUAAGUCGUCUUCUCUGGAAAUUCGGAACGAUCACACUGGUGAAAAAACAGAUUCACGUAACGCCCGUCCCUCAGGGGACUCGGUGGUGGCGGCUGAUCCAGUGCAGUGCAAAACCCAGGACAAAACCGUGCUUCUAAACGCAUCCAUGGAUAUGACUGUCACUAUGGCAACUGACAUUGUCACCGUGGAUACCAAUGCAACAGGUCACAGCGGCAAACCGGGAAACCCACAAACUAAGAACGGGAAAUCACAAAAAAAAGCGGGAAUCACUGAGCCGAGUGUUGUUGAAACUCUGCACCCGGCUGAUGUUCAGCGUGUCCCCACUGCCUGUGUCUUAGAAACAGAGGACAGCACACAACAGGCUUCAGGAGAGCCUGAGGUUCCUGGUGCCCCCUCACUCAGAGGACAGACGAGAACUCACAUCACCUGUCGCAUUCCCAAACUCAGCAAACCUGGAGCUGGCAGCCACAAUAAAACCAAAUCCUCUGACACCGUCUUCCCUGACCACGACGAUUACUUCACGGAUCCAAAAAAUCAGCCAUCAAAAUCCAAAGUCUGUGUUCCGCUUCCAGGAGAGAAAUGUGUUCCAGUAGAAAGGUUAACAGUCAACCGCAGGACAUCUAAGACCAAAGGCAGGAGGAUGCCUUCAGUUUCAAAGAUGGUCCAGGAUGUCUCCAAGAUGAGUUUCCUGCCAUUACACAAUUCUGAAGGGUGCGUUCUCCAACUGGAUUCAGUUGAUGACAAAGUGGAACAGGAAAGUCAAGUAUCUGAAGACCGAGAGUCACGUGAUGAGCCGUGUGAAACGGUGAGUCGUCCGGAGUUGGGCCAACCCUGCCACGUUUCCACUAGCAGCAAAACAGCUCCGCCCACUGUUGCAAGAAGACACAUGUCCAGGUGCAGAAAGACGUUCGUGGUGUCAGUUGUCAGCGAUAGCACCUCGCCAACAAGAGCAGCACCAGAAAACACAGCUGUGGAGACGCUUCCCAGUGUCGCAUCCGAGGAACCCUCAGGGAUCAUUAAAGUACGUGUCACCGAGCAACAGUCUGAACUAAAUCCACAUCUGAUGGACAUCAGAGGCUUGGUGGAAGAAAUGCGGAGCGCCUGUAAACGUCCCAGGGAGGUGACUCCGGAUCAACAAAGCUUUCCAGAAGAAAGUGUUCAUGAACGGAAUCAAGGCUGUGAUACAGGUACAACCGCUCAAAAACAGAAAAAAGCCUGGAGAGAGGACACGGGACAGUCCAGCAAGGACAGAGACAUGCAGAGGAAGGAGCAGAAGAAAAAGUCGUACUGCAGCAGUAAAGGAUUUCAGUCUGAGAAGGCAGCUCCAGAUCUUCAGGACCGUGGCGAUAUCUCACCGCACUGUGGCACCACAUGCUGGGAUGAUACAAAAACAAACCACGAGCGUUUCCGAGCUUCACCGGCGGUCAAGUUACAUCCUGAACCUGGUGAAAACAAUGAAGUCCUCAAGCAUUUGUUUAUCUCGAAACCCACCGACUCAAAGCCCAGGAUGGAUGUGAAUUCAGACCAGAACAGAGAGAGGUCAGCAACAAUAUCCCAUUCCUCACGACCAGUAAGGGAGACCUUUGAGGUCUGGAGGAAGAAAAGUCUCAAAGGCGUUUCCCUUGGCACCCACACAGUGCCCCCUGAUGUAACUGGCACCCGCAGUCAGGGGGCACAUUGCAUCAACGAGAGCCUGCAUCAGAGUGUGGGAGACCUGCUGAUGGAGGAGACGCCACCUUGGAUGGCUUUAGAUGCCAGCAAUAGCAGUGGCAACACAGCUGUGGAUUAUGUGCCAUCGAGUCCUGAGAGCCUGAAAGCAGGUGUGCCAGCAGCAGCGGAGGAGCUGAGCAGAGCUGAACCCUCUCCAGCAGCCCGAAGAAUCUUAACACCGCUGACCGACACCGUGACGGCCUUGAGUGGCUCGCCGACAGGGCGCAUCAGGAGGCGUAAAGCUGCGGUCAGUUACAAGGAGCCGCCCCUCAACUGUAAGAUAAGGAGAGGAGACAAGUUCACGGACAGCAUGUUUCUGAGCUCUCCAGUGUUCAAGGACGGCAGGAAGAAGAGGCAGAAGAAAACGGGCUCCGCCCCCAGAGAUCCUUCUUCUGCACACUCACCAUAGCUCGUUUGUUUUUGGGUUGGGUUUUUUUAUUUUAUUUUAUUUUAUUUUGUUUGGACAGUCUGCUUGUAGACUGUGAGCAGCAGGUUUGUGUGUCUGAUCCUUUUGGAUCUCAAUAAUUCAGGCGGGUGAUUGGAGAAGUGUGCUGUUUUGCAGCGGUAACCAGACACCUGUUUCUUUGUUGUUGGACCUGCUGGCUGGUGAGUACAAACACACAGACUCUACUUUGAAUGUACAGCUCGUUAUUUUUUACUUCUUUAAACCUGCCAAUAAAAAUGACCACAUAAGUGG